AUGUACACCGGAAGUGAAUCCCAUCCAUCCCGGAAGGGUCACCAUGAUCACCAACGUUCGGCCACUAAUGGUUUAAACAAGGGGGCAGGAAGGACCGAAGUACAUGAUUUUGAAAUGGAAAAGUACGGGGAAUUCUCAAAUGAAACAAACUCAAGAGUGUUGGAAAUAAACCUAGGAAACGGAACAAGCAACCAAAAAGCUAAAAACAAGUAUCGCUUGGACCGUAUUAUUAGCAGCGGCCAUUUUGGAAAAAUAUAUGUGGGUACCGACCGAUAUACAGGAGAAGUUGUGGCUAUCAAAGUACAACAUCCGUGGAGGGGUCGGACAAACCUCCGACACGAGUACGAGGUGUAUACAGAACUGCAGGGAGGGAUUGGUAUUCCUAAAGUCUUGUGGUUCGGCAGGGAUGGACGAUACGAUGUCAUGGUGAUGGAACUACUGGGAACCAGUCUAGAGGAUCGGUUAGUCUCUCAGUCACACAAAUUCAGUCUAAAAACAGUUCUACUUCUGGCAGAGGUUUUAAUAGAUAGGUUUGAGUACAUCCAUUCCAAGGGUUAUAUUUACCGCGACUUGAAACCAGACAACUUCUUAUCAGGUUUUGGAAGUAAAGAGAACAUAAUAUAUCUUAUAGACUUUGGAUUAUCCAAACGGUUUCGUGAUGCGAAUACACUUGAACACAUACCUUACCUCACCAACAAGAGCUUCGUCGGAUCAUUGAGCUACGCCAGUGUUAAUGCACAGCUUGGAAUUCAACAGAGCCGACGGGAUGAUAUGGAAUCUUUAGGCUACAUUUUGGUAUAUCUUCUCCGCGGCACACUACCUUGGUUCGGGCUCCAGAAUGAUACAAUGAAAGAGAAAUAUGCAUUGACCCUCGACCUAAAGAUGGAGUUAUCAAAGGAGUCUAUAUGUCAUGGCUGUCCACCGGAAUUUUUCAUCUUUAUAAAAAUUUGCCAGUCUAUGAGAUUUGAUGCGGAACCCAAUUACUCUUCUCUACGAAAGCUUUUCAGAAAUGUUUUGGACAGAUAUAACUACACUUCUGCUGAGACAUUUGAUUGGGAAGGUGAUUCGACUUUGAAACAAUAUAACAAACGUAUUGCUAUUACAUCCAUAAGCCCAUUAGUCAGACGGUGGCUCGACAGAAGUAAUGCAUGAACUAACAACCAGAAA